ACCCAGUCCACCCCACUCGAAAUUCGCAAUAUUCAGUAUUGCAAAACACAUCUUUAUCUUCCAUAGCCGGCCGAAUAAAAAAGCAAAACCAACACUCAAAGAUCUCCACAACUACCAUCACUCCUACCAACGUCAUGGAUGCGUCGCUGGCUUCUUACCACGCGCGUCUAGCCACCUUUGAGGGAGCAGCUACGACAGGCAAGGGACGACGCACAAGCAACAGAUCUAAAAAGGCAGGAACGAAAUCAAAGGCUUCAUGGCCCCUUACAGCACCCUCGGCGCAGGAUUUGGCGUACGCCGGUUUUGUAUGGAGGCCUACCUCUACGAGCCCCGACAACGUACAAUGCUUCAGCUGCGAGUGCCAACUAGAUGGCUGGGAGGAAGCGGACAUCCCUGCAUAUGAACACUCAACACAUUCCCCAAGCUGUGGUUUCGCAACUAUCGCCUGUAUCCGUCUCCGUGCGGGCGACCCCGGCAGGACUGAAGAUGAUCCGACCUCAGAUGCCAUGGUGGCAGCACGCCGUUCGACCUUUGGCGAUAUGUGGCCACUCGACGUCGCGUCUGGUUACCCCAGUGUCGACCAGAUGGUGGACGCCGGCUGGUUCUACGAUCCUGCAACAGACACGCCCGAUGGAGUUACCUGCCCAUACUGCUCUCUGGCACUAGACGCAUGGGAUAUUGGCGACGAUCCUAUGCAGGAGCACCGUCGAAGAUCUCCUGACUGUCUCUUCUUCGUCCUCUCCGAACUCUACAAACCCGCCCCAGCACCCAAGAAAGCAAAACGUGCUUCUAAAGCUAAGCGUGCCUCAACUCGCUCGUCAACGGCAUCUACGGCAAGCAAGAGAGCCACACGUGGCAAGAAGCGGACGAGCGAUGCAGUUGAGGAAACCGAGUACUCUGAAGUCAUCCAGCCUGCCCCGAAACGUGUGCGAUCUUCAAGUAUUGAAAGUUUCCCUAGUGAUCUUCCUGUGGGAACGCCUAAGAAGACACCGACAGGAAUCAGAGACACUGUCAUGGACGACUUUGACAUGUCAAGCCUGCCGGCGGACUUAGCAGUUGGAACACCCAAGAGGACCCCACCUAUGAUGAGUGAGGCAGAUGAUAUACCAGAGCCCAUCAACUGGAAGCCUGCCGACGUUGAUGCCGUGAUUACAUCCCAGGAAGAAGCCCACGGUUAUCUCAGCGAAAUCCUUGCUGAUUCUGGUCUGGAUAACGCUCAGACGGCGGACAUGACGCCCGAAGAACUGUAUGAAUACGUUAUGGCUAGCCUGACGGACGAAGAGAAACGUAUGACGAUUGAACAAUGGGUUCUGCACAACGCAAAGAGGGGCGAGGAAAAACUCCGCAUGGCCUGCGAACAACAGAUACUGGCAUUCGAGGCAGAGGGCCAACGUGCCAUGGCUGUUCUCGAGGGCAUCCCCACAAUCUGAGUUUGAUGGGCAUUUGAUUAGGAUUGGAGUACAUGGGAGUUUGGUCAUUGAGAUACCCCGACAUCAGGAUGGGCGUUUUGGGCAUGUUGUGAUUCGCACAAGUUUAAUUUUACGGCUGCUUACUGUUUUUUGUUGUUCUUUCGUUUUGGGGUGCCGCGUUCCGCCCUUGCUGCGGGGCAACUGUCGGAGCCUAGGAGUAGCUAGAAUAGACGAGCCACCUAGUUUUAUUGUUUGUAUAGGCUCAAGGACAAAUUUUUGUUUUUGUUCAGAGUAGGAUAAUGACAGACGAAGACGAA